AUAAGGACUGAGGUUUACGUCUCUUCCGCGGUUGGCGCUGUUAGCAUCAAACAUCAGGAAUCACAUGAUCCGUCCAGAUCCUGUCUGCUGCGAGUAAAAGCUACAGAUACUCAGAGGACGAUGAAGCUGAUCAUCCUCAAUGACUACGAUCAGGCCAGCGAGUGGGCUGCAAAGUAUAUUAGAAAUAAGAUUUUACUGUUCAAACCUGGUCCGGACAAAUAUUUCACCUUAGGGCUCCCCACAGGAAGCACCCCCCUGGGGUGUUACAAGAAACUGAUCGAGUACUACAAGAAUGGAGAAAUCUCGUUCCAGUAUGUAAAGACAUUCAACAUGGAUGAAUAUGUAGGGCUUCCCAGAGAACACCCAGAGAGCUACCACUCCUUCAUGUGGAAUAACUUCUUCAAGCAUAUAGAUAUAAGAGCAGAGAAUACCCACAUCCUAGAUGGCAAUGCAGCAGACCUGCAGGCAGAGUGCAAUGCGUUUGAGGAAAAGAUAACAGCAGCAGGGGGGAUCCAGCUCUUUGUCGGAGGAAUUGGACCAGAUGGACACAUUGCCUUUAAUGAACCUGGUUCGAGCCUGGUUUCCCGUACAAGGGUUAAAACCCUGGCAAAAGACACCAUCAUGGCUAAUGCCCGAUUCUUUGAUGGAGAUCUCUCAAAGGUGCCCACCAUGGCUCUGACUGUCGGAGUGGGUACUGUCAUGGAUGCAAAAGAGGUCAUGAUUCUGAUAACUGGAGCACACAAGGCAUUUGCUCUAUACAAAGCUAUAGAGGAAGGCGUGAAUCACAUGUGGACAGUGUCUGCUUUCCAGCAGCACCCACAGACUGUUUUUGUAUGUGAUGAAGAUGCCACCCUAGAACUGCGUGUCAAAACUGUGAAAUACUUCAAAGGGAUGAUGCAUGUUCACAACAAGCUGGUGGAGCCGCCGUCUUCUAAGUAAAAGAGGAACUGAGGAGAUCGUAUCAACUUUGAUGACUCCUGUUUUUUUUUCACACUCCAGUGAUUCCUUUAUUUCCUGAUCAAGAUGCAUUGUUGCACAUUGAACAGUGCUUGGUGUCAACUUAUACUUGUGAUUAUCAGGUGCUGUAGUGUUUGGGCUUUUCAGGUUAUCAUGUGAAUGUUUAUGCAUCUUUGCUUCUCAUGUGUUCUUUGUAAUAAAGUACUUUUAAUUUG